UUUGCAUUUAAAAAAAGAAAGGACUUUAAUUUAAUCUAAGCUUUUGUCCUGAUCUCACUCCUCCUCCCCUCACUUUCACGUUCAGUUUCAAAUUCGUAUACUCGAAUCUCAAGGAACUCCGGCAAAAAAGAAAGAAAGAAAAUUUCCGGCGUCGAAUCGAAUAUCCGGCGAUGGGUUGUGUCUCGUCGAACCUGUUGAACCAAGACGACGAGUUCUCACAGCUCGGCGGCUCCGCCUUCGGCAACCAUAUCGUCAACCUCACCUCCACCACCUAUGGCCUCCUCUCCCUAGACCCUCCGCCGCCCUCCGCCGCUGCACCCAUGACUCCGCCUGAGCGACUCACCGUCGACUCUGUCCUGACCCAGCCCAACUCGCUCUGGUCCGAGCCCAGGCUCAUCCGGUCGGAACCAGAGGUCAUCAACUCCUGGGAGCUCAUGUCCGGUCUCGACGCCGAGAGCUUCCGAUUCUCGCCGAUGCCGAGGACUCCGGUGAAAUUCAGUGCCUCAGCCGGAUUCAAUAAGGAGAAUUCGGAUCCCAAUCGGAGAAACCCUAGAAAGAAUUUGAGCGAUGAGGUCCUGAUGAAACCGCUAGAUCCGAAUUUUUCGGAGAAGUUCCAGUUUCAGUUCCAGAAGCUCUGUCCGCCGGGAGGAGAGAACCGCGUCGUGAUCUACACGGUCGAAGUUGCCUGCAACGCCGUGAGAGCCGCCGUCGAGAGCUUCGGCGUGGCCGUCUGCGAGAGAGACGUGUCGAUGGACAGAGGGUUCAGGGAAGAGCUGAAGAAUCUGACGGCGGAGAUUCCGCCGAGGGUAUUCGUGGACGGGAGGUACAUCGGCGGAGCAGAGGAGGUGCUGAGGCUGGUGGAGGAGGGUCUUUUCGGGGAACUGGUAAAAGGGCUGCCGAGGAAAUGCGGCGGCGAGUGCGAUGGAUGCGGCGGAGUAGGGUUCCUGCCGUGUUUCCGGUGCAACGGAAGCUGUAAACUGGUGGAGGGAUGGAGGAACUCCGCCGCGGUGGUGAGAUGUCGGGAGUGUAACGAGAACGGUCUCGUUCUCUGUCCCAUCUGCAGUUGAUCGGAAUCUUCAUCGUUUACACUGCAAGUCUUUGUUCCGACAGGAAAGAAUCGUAUCAUAAAUCAAAGCUCAGGUUGUUUUCUCAGUUGUUCAGCCAUUUCUGCUCCGGUGAAAAUAACUAAGUUCAAGUCUUCUUCUGUAAUGCCAUGAACAUGAAUCAACAAAUUUGAAAUUGGACC